AUGGAGAAGGUGGCUGAAGCCGUAGAAGAACUGCAGGCGGCCAUCAAGGAUCAGGAGGCAUGCCUCAAGCGCAAGCGCGAGACUCUGGAUGAGCAACUGGAUCACCUCUUCAAGAAGCCAAAGAGCAAGGAGGUAAAAGCUUCUGAUGUGAUCCAGCUCAAUGUGGGCGGCGACACAGGCUUCGUGACCAAGCGCGAUACGCUCACGGCGGUUCAGGGAUCUCGGCUGGCGGAGAUGUUCAGGGACCGUUGGAUCCAUUCCUGGCAAGGGACAGCGAGGGUCGCAUUUUCCUCGACUUGGAUCCCGUCCAGUUUCGAGCUUUGCUGA